UACUAUCUCUUUACUUUUUGUCUAUGCAUCUGCCCUCAACAUAUACAGAAACUCUCUCUCUUUUUUAUUUUCUCUCUUGUUUUGUCAUCGGUGCCUCCAAUGGCGUUCUCUGCGACUUUGCGUUGUCCCUCUCUAUUCCGCCUUCCAAAUAGUUCACGCCCUUUGCCUCAGACCUCUACUUCUUUGUCCUUCCGAUCUUCACCGGCAGUUCUCAAACAGAGAAGAUCAUUGGCAAUUCGAUCCGCUUCUUCAAUCGAAGCACCACCAACAUCAGGGGGUCUUGCGCCUGCAAUUUCUGUGACGGAUAAUGCACUGAAGCAUUUGAAUAAGAUGAGAUCUGAGAAGAAUGAAGAUUUAUGUUUAAGAAUUGGUGUUAAACAGGGUGGAUGCUCUGGUAUGUCCUACACAAUGGAGUUUGAGAACAGAAAAAACGCCAGACCAGAUGAUUCCAUCAUCGAAUACAAUGGUUUUGUGAUUGUUUGUGAUCCAAAGAGUCUUCUAUUCGUUUAUGGGAUGCAGUUGGACUUCAGUGAUGCACUUAUUGGUGGAGGCUUCUCUUUCAAAAACCCGAAUGCAACGCAAACUUGUGGCUGUGGUAAAUCAUUUGCAGCUGAGAUGUGAAAACUUGUACAUGGAAAAUUACGCAUAGAAUUAAUUUGUCAUAAGAAAAACCUAGUCUAUUUGAUAUUGUAAUGAACUGUUUGGUUGAGAAUCAUUAAGUCAUUGUUUCUGAAA